AUGAAGCCCUCAAUGAAGGUUGGAGUAGUUGCUUUAGUCGGCGUAUGUGUUAUCCUAUACCAGUACCACUUAUCAGCAGGUGUAAGAUUUGAUCAGUUAACUGAUCAAUUAAAUGCUGGGGAUCCUGGUGUAUCUUACGGCGCUGCUAAUAUUCGGGCCGCAGUGCAAUGGGUUCAAAAUGUUCACGGUCUGAGCCCGGAUUUGCAAAAUAUUUUAGUCGCUGAACUAAUAAAUCAAUUUCGAAAAACCAGAAUACCCUCGCCGUUGCAUUUAAGAGUGUCUGAAGAUUUCAAGCUCAAGCAACGGACGCAGGAAGUUACGACAAUCAAUCCAAGUGAAAAAAUUCCACCACUUUAUGUAAUUACACCAACCUACAGGAGACCUGAACAGAUUCCAGAGCUUAUAAGAAUGUCUCACACAUUGAUGUUGGUCGAAAAUGUUAAUUGGUUAGUUAUAGAAGACGCAAAAGUACCGACAAAGGAAGUUACCAAGUUUUUAAAUCGUACUGGUCUACGAUUUCAACAUUUAACUGCACCAAUGCCAGCAAAAUACAAACAGAAAAAAGGUGUAAAACCACGAGGGGUCUCUAAUAGAAAUCGUGGCCUCAAGUGGAUUCGCGCUAACGCAACAGAAGGAGUUUUUUACUUUGCUGAUGAUGACAAUACAUACGACCUUGAUCUUUUCACCCAAAUACGGAGGACAAAAAAAGUGUCAAUGUUUCCCGUGGGACUGUGUACAAAGUUUGGGUUGAGUUCUCCGGUCGUAAAAGACGGCAAGUUCAGUGGAUUUUACGAUGGAUGGGUAGCAGGUCGUAGAUUUCCUGUUGACAUGGCGGGUUUCGCGGUCAGCGUUAAAUUUCUUCUCCAAAGGCCAAAUGCCACGAUGCCUUAUCGUGCUGGCUUUGAGGAGGACGGUUUUUUACGUAGUUUAACCCCCUUCGAACCACGUGAAAUAGAACUACUUGGUGAUAAUUGCACGAGAAUACUAGCGUGGCAUACACAGACGAAAAAAAAUGAACCAAGUGCGGCACUUGAUAUGAAACUUUAUCGCUCAACAAAUCUUGUUGAAUUAAAACAACAAAUAGUAUGA